AUAGACAGUUUGAAGGCUGCUCUCUUAUUGUUAAGUUGGCGACCAGAGACAGUUUGAUAAAUAGAGAACAAUAUGGAGAAUAAUCCACAGAAUAUUACAACUGUAAAAGUCUCUUCAGCGAAUUCUCAAGAUAAUCUUACAGUUGACGGAAAGGUUAAUGAAACAAAAUUUGGUAUUGAAAAUCCAGCCUUUAAUGAUAGAUUGGACCAUCAAAAUGAUGUUAAAGAAGAAACAGUCAUUGGUUUCAAUGAGCCAAAGUCUAUGGAGAGACUUGCUCCAGAAAAACCAUACGCUGGAAUGAAUAAAGAAGAUUUACUAUACUUUUCACAAACGAACUUUUGGAUUCGAUUAAGAUAUGUUGUUCUCGCCAUAAUGGGGCUCGCUUGGCUCGGACUACUAGCGGCUAUUAUAGCUUUAACCAUUGUUUGGCCUAGAUGUAAGAAAGAACCCACAACAGAAUGGUGGCAAAGUUCAAGAAUUUACAGUAUCUAUGUACCGACCUUUUACGAUUCUGAUAAUGAUGGAAUUGGAGAUUUGAAAGGAAUUGAAAACAAAUUAGAUUACAUUAAGGAUUUACACGUAUCUGCCAUACACUUAUCUGCCCUUUAUGAGAGUGGAGUAGGCAAUGUCGAUCAAGGGUACGAAAUUGUUGAUCAUAAAGCUAUUUGGAAUAAUCUUGGAACAUUGAGCGAUUUCGAUAGUUUAGUUAACGCUUCCCAUGCAAACGGUUUGAAGGUUAUUGUCGAUCUAGUGCCAGGUCAUACAAGUACAAGUCACAAUUGGUUUGUGCAAAGUAGCAAUGCCGUUCCUGAAUAUGAAAACUAUUAUAUAUGGCGUGACUGUGCUCCUCCAAAUCUUCCAAAUAAUUGGAAAAGCGUAUAUGGUGGUCCUGCGUGGACUCAAGCUGGUACUAGAAAUCAAUGCUAUCUUCAUCAACUAUCAAACUCUCAAGCUCAAUUAAAUUUGAGAAUAAAGAAAGUUCGAGACAGUAUUGAAGAUAUUAUGGAUUUUUGGUUAAACAGGGGUGUCGAUGGCUUUAAAGUCAUUCAUUCAACUUUCUUAUACGUUGACAAUGAGUACAGAGAUGAACCAAAUGCUAAUAACGGUCUAAAGUACGAUAGUUUGAAUCAUAUAUAUACUAGAGCUCAGCCAGAAGUAUAUAAUUUAAUUAGCGAAUGGAGAUAUAAAUUAGAUGAAAGAUAUGGCCAAAAUUCAAGAAAGAUCCUUAUGACUGACGCGGAUGAAAACGUAGCAAAACUUAAAGAGUAUUAUAAUUAUUUGGGAAGAAAUGGAUCUCAAGUUCCCAUGAAUUUUCCAUUUACUAAACUUGCCGACAGUUGCGAUGGUCUCUGCGUUACAACUAAUGUCCGUUUAUGGACUCAAAAUACCCCCACUGAUUGUUUCCCCAAUUGGCUGACCGGAACUCAAGAUAUAAGCAGACUGAAAUCUAGAUCUCCAGCUAAUAGUAAAGCUUACAAUAUACUUAAAAUGACCUUACCAGGAAUUUCAAUAAAUUAUUACGGGGAAGAAAUUGGAAUGGUUGAUGGAACUAACUCAAACGUAGAUCCAACACCAUUGCGAAGAGAUAAAUUUAGAACGCCUAUGCAAUGGGAUUCCAGGGUACUAAAUAAUGGUUUCUCAAAUGCAUCAAAUCUCUACAUUCCAGCAUUAUCGACCAAUAUAAGUGUCGCUACUUCACGUAGUGACUUGAACGCUUUCAAAUCUGUCACGAAAUUAAAGAUGGAUGCGUUCAGUUUGCAAUUUGGAACUUUUGAAAUUCUGCCGAAUUUACAACAAAAUCUAUUCGGUUUUCUAAGAAGAUUUAAUGGAAAAGACAGUUUCUUAGUAGUUGCAAAUUUCGGAAGAACACAAACCACCGAAAACCUGUCCAACAAGCACGAAAGAAUACCCUCCGAGGCUAAUGUUGUGGCCAACAUUGGGCAGGAAUCUAGUUAUCCUAUCGAUGACGAUAAGGAUAUCAAAUUAAAAUCUGUCAGUAUAAAACCUGGCGAGGCCAUCGUAUUUAAAUGGGACUACGAAAGGAGUAUGAAAGAUAAAAAAGAUAAAUAAAUAAUUGAUAAUAGAAGAGAAAAAUUGAAUUUUUCGCUUUUGAAUAAAAGCAAAUUUAUUUAGGUUUUCCAAUGAUGAAUACAUAUAAAAAAAAUGCAUUGAUUAAUCCCCUUCUUCUUUUAAGACUUCGAACAUAAUUUAGAUGAGUGAAUGAUAAGAGUGUCCUUCGGUACAGAUGACAGUUAUAAAUAGCUAGGGCGAAAGGGGGAUGUUAUUUGUACAUUUAAAAAUAGAUUGCAAGAGGCCAUAAAGGGUUAGGGAUGAGUAUAUUACACUAGAUAUCCCAUUCCUAUCUUUUUUAUUCUUUUUCUUUUCAUCCCUUGAUACUGAUUUCUAUCAGUAACACGCAACACUUUGCAUAAAAAUGUCUUUUUUUUCUUUUUCCUAAAGUAUAUAUAACGAAUUUUAUGAUAAAUUUGAUAAUUUUAUACAUAAUCCAUUUUCUAGUAACAAUUUCUACUGUAAUACCAAGUCAUUUCAUCAGAAGGUAGCUGAAUAUUUACAUAUAAAUUAGCAUUUUGUUUACAUUCACAGAUAUUGUACGCAAAUACAAUAUAGAUAAUAAAACAAACAAUAGAUCCUAAUUACUGUCAAUGGCAAUCAACCAGACGACUUUCUUUCUCUUUUGUAACAUUUAAAAAAAAGUCGUUUUAGUAAAGUAAUCAACUAAAAAAGGUAUGAAUAAAU